AUGGAUAGAUAUGACAAAAAUACCAUUACUACUUCAAACUUAUUUCAAUAUAGUCCCAAAAAAGUUGUUGACAUAAAUCAAGAAAACAUGGAUCCAAGCUAUAGUUUGAAUAUUGUCCCACAGAUGAAUACCGGAUAUCAUCCUCAUCCUCUACUGGAUCGUUCGAAACCGUUCCCAAUGCAACAAAGGAAAGGGAAAAAUGUACUGGAUUUAACAACUGCGCAAUAUCAUAUUGAAGGUUUAACUACCAUAUCUGGACCUAAAAUAUUAACUAAAUUUUCCAAAGAAAUGGACAAACUUCUUAUUUUUGACUUAACCUGCCAUGAAAGAGUUCUAUUAUCUCCUGAUAACUCGAAUUCAAAUCACCUUGACACGAAUUCUAUCUCACUAUCAAAUUUAAUACGGAAUGGCUCCCACGCCCAUAAUAUAGAAACAGUUACAAAUACAAAUAUAAAUACAAAUACAAGUACAAAAGACAAAAACGAUGAUGUCGUAUAUUGUGUACAUUUAACUUUCCCAAGUACUCUUUUGAAAAGACCAUCUUUUAAUUUCGAAAAGUUAUUGAAAACAACUUUAUCAGAAAGGAAAAUACCCGAAAUUUUAAAUCUCAUAAAUAAGUUCCAAUAUUUCAUAUUUUAUGAUGAUAACUCAAAUAAUUUACAAAAUUGUAAUCCUUCAACCUAUUUCUUAAUUACAAAAUUCAAAACAUUUUUAGAUGAAAAAUAUCCAAAUAUUUCGAAACAUAUCUUUCUACUAGACCAUUCAUCUGAUGAUGACUUGGAUCUAUCUAAUAAGAGUACACAAUCAAACAAUAUAACGCCAUGUUAUCUUUCUAGGACACCGAUAGUACAGCAAAAUUCAGCAUCUGCAAUUAAACCAACGACAAACAAUAGUAGAAAAUUUAAUUUGAAAUUACAAAUACCUCCUCCAAACCCAACAAAUCGUUUAUUCGUGCAGUCAUUGAAAAAGGAUUCAGUAAUAUAUUCUCCGACUUCACUGAGAAGAUAUUUCACCUUUGUUAUCCCAAAAUCCAUUAAAGAUAAUGAUUCAUCUUUACCUCUAUGGUUGAGGAAAUAUACGCAAAGAGAUCAAAUUAAUCAUAUCCUCGAAUCAUUAUGUAAUAAGUUCAAUUUAUUGGAGAAUUUAGAAGUUCAAAGAUUAUCCAAGUCUUUAAGAACAGGUAUCACUCAUACUCCUACAGGCAGUAAUAUCAACAAUUACAACAACAACAAAGAUAUAUCAUUGAAAGAAAAGAAAAAUGACGAAAACAACAAUAUAGUUAAUGAAUAUACUAAGAAUACUAAUACAACCCAAGCAAAUCAUACAGGUCAAAAACAAUCUUUAUCUUCCGUAUCCUCAUAUCAUAAAAUUUAUUCGCUACUUCAUUUACAAAAACAAUUCAAAAAAGUCAAAAAAGAACAAACUCAUACAACUGAACCAGAAACUAAUAACAAUAAUGAUAUUAGUAAGGAUGGUGAUGAUAAUAUUAAAUAUAAUUGUAUGAAGCAUAUUAAAUCAGACCAAAACAAGGACAAGAAGGUAAACGAAUAUCAACCAAAAUUACCACCUCUUGUUAUUACUAUAGAAGAUAUUCCAAAUGAAGCUGGGACAAAAGCAACAAGUAAUACCAAUAGUAGUUCAUCUACAAUAUCAUCAUCGUCGUCUACAACAUCACAAAAAUCUCUACUAUCUCCGUACUCAGAUCCAUAUAGUAACCGCACAGGUAGUAACACCGUAGAUAUUCUAGCAACGACACCAUCAGAUAAUUAUGAAGUGUCACAAGGUAUUCAAUCAUUCGCUAAAAAUAGAUAUUCAAAUAUAUUACCUUAUGAACAUACUAGAGUCAAAUUACAACCAUCACCCAUUGGGUCAAAAACUAAUAGUAAAUCAAGUCUCAUGUCCUUAAUGGAAAAUAAUAAUAAUACCUAUAGUCAUAACAAGAAUAAUAUCUCUUCUUCAUCAUCGCCAUCGUCAUCGUCAUCAUUAUCCUCUUCUUCUUCUUCUAUCAAAUAUUCCAUGACAAAGGCACCUACAAUGAUGAUGAACAAGAAUAACGAUAUUGGAGAGGUAACUUCAAACUCGAAUAAUGUUCUUAUGAGGAACAAUUCUUCUUCAACACAAUUAUUUGAACAGAAUUUACCCAAUAAUAACGAUAGAAGAAGCCUUAGUGGUGAACCAACAGGUAAUAAUAUUGACACUUCUUCUUCUGUUACAAAUUCUUCCAAUUCAAUUUUAACUUUAGUGAGGAAAAGAAGAAAUUCGUCAUACUUUAAUAGAGAUUCAAUACCACCACCAUUACUAACAUCUUCAUCAUUCUCCUCUUCAGCAUCAUCGAAAUUUCCAUUAUCAUCUUCUUAUACUUCUAAAUCAACGGUCACACCGUCUGAUAAAUCCACAACAGCAAACUUAGUUCCUCCUGGGUCACAUCAUUUCUCUGUUUCUUCCUCUUCUUCUUCGUCCUCCACACAAAAUAGUAACAGACGGAUUUCAUCAGAUGGUUUAUCAAACUAUCCCCAGUUAAAUAUUGACAGAAAAUCAGUAUCAUUCGAUGAUUACUUUAAUGCAAAUUAUUUAAAACUACCACAAAUCAAUCCAGAUUUUAAUUAUUUGGCCACACAGGCACCAUUACCUUCCACAAUGGAUGAUUUUUGGAAAGUCGUCAUCUCUAAUAAUAUUAAGAUUAUUAUAUCAUUAAAUUCCGAUGAUGAAUUAGCAAUGAAAAAAUGGGACAUAUAUUGGAAUAAUCAAAAUUAUUCUAAUUAUAAAGUAAAAGUGAUCAAAUGUUUACAAAAUUUUAGUAAAUUAGAUGGUCUCAUUUUAAGAAUUUUCCAAGUAACUAAAUGUAAAUCAAAUACAUCAUCGUGUUGUUCCUCCAUUGUUUUCCAAUUACAAUAUACAAAAUGGUUAGAUUCUUGUAGUAUUGUGAUGACUGACCUUUUAAAAAUAUUGAAAAUCAAAGAUGUAUUGUUGUUGGAAAAUCCCUUAACUUUCAUCGAACAAUGGGAAAAAAAUUCAAUCAAUGAUGACAAUUUACAUGAAAUCUAUUCCAAGAUGCAAAAAGAUGGGACGAUAAUUAAAAAAUAUGAUUCUCCAUUGUUAGUUCAUUGUUCAGCAGGUUGUGGUAGAACAGGUGUUUUCAUUACUUUGGAUUUCUUAAUCAAUAUCUUAACAAAUUCCAAGAAUAGUUCAAAUAACAUUGAUGUUUGGAAUAUGAAACAUGAUUUGAUUUUCAUAGUUGUUAAUGAAUUAAGAAAACAAAGAAUUUCAAUGGUUCAAAAUUUGACUCAGUAUAUCACUUGUUAUGAAUCCAUUCUACAAUAUUUUGCAUUGUCAAGAGAGAAUAUUAUUACCUAG